UCAGUCAUGCUCAUUAGAUUCAAUGCGACCCGAUCCGUUUCUCAACUUCUCAAGCUCCGAAACAGGGUUUUAGAACUUUAUGAAUCCAAAAUUAAAGGUCUAAAACCCUGAGAAUUUUUUUUGUGAUUUUUGGCGUCUUUUGGCGCCACCGCCAUCGCAAGAUCAGUUUUCCGAUUAACCUCUGUUCGGAAAGAUGCGGCUUGCCUCGCCCUCAAGCUAAAGCCAAAGCCGCUUCUUCCCCGCUUGGUCUCUCUUCCAGGAUUCGUCUCUCAAAAUCGCAUUUUCAGGUGUCCAGUUGAAUCUAGCUUCUGUGUUGAAUCGAUGCAAUGAUGAUGUGUGACUAAUGUUGAGAGGGAACGGACCAAGUUUACCGCACACAAUUCACCAUAAUAAGAGUGUAUGCAGAUAACAGGAAAAAAUCAGUGAACUGUUGAAGAACCAAGUUGAAUUUCCUUAGCUUCCAAGACAGAGAGAUCCUUGAAAGUACUAAAACUGACAUUUUCCAAACUCAGUGCGCCGUUCAUCGUCCUUCUUCUUCUCAUCCAGCGUUUCAGGGAAUAAAAGAAAUCCAUAACAGAGGCAGUACUGCAGAAAAGUGUUUCAUAAAAAAACCCUAGCAAAAGCUUCGAUGCAGGCGUAAAACCCUUGUUCCCACCCCCUGUUUUCAUUCGUAAAGAAAAUGGAGGAACCAAAGAUUGGGGAUUGCGAAGAGUGCAAAAAGAAGGCGUCAAAAUACAAGUGCCCAGGUUGCUGCCUCCGCACCUGCAGCCUCCCUUGCGUUAAUGCUCACAAGCAACGCACUGGCUGCACUGGCAAACGCAACAUCACUUCCUUUGUUCCCCUCUCUCGCUUCGACGAUAAUCUUCUCCUCUCCGAUUAUAAUCUGCUGGAGGAAACGAAGAGGAUCGCUGAAUCUGCUACAAGAAUAAGGUCCAAACUAUGUAACACUACCAAUGGUGGACAUCAUCCUCGUUUUAAGCUACCACACCCUCUUCGAAACCUCCGCACUGCUGCUGCCUCUCGCAGAACUAAGCUCUUGUUUCUGCCUUCUGGAAUGUCUAAGAGGGAAACUAAUCAAACUCGAUUUAACCACAGGAAGAAGUAUAUUUCAUGGACCAUUGAAUGGCGGUUUCACUCUACAGAUGUUGUUUUACUUGACCAUGGUAUACAUGAAGAUACAAGCCUCUGUUCAUUAAUUGAAAACCAUCUGCAACCUAGUCCCUGGAAUCAUCCUCUCAGGAAGUUCUGCGAGGAGCAGCUCGACUCCCUCAAGUUUUUUAUCCGAAAAUACCCUAAGGGAUCCAAAUCGCCUUUCCGGGAGUUAGACAUAAAGGCCCCAUUACGGAAACUAUUAGCUGAUAUGGUUGUUCUAGAGUAUCCUGUGAUUCAUGUGUUUCUUCCUUCGAACACUGUGAUUUUGAAGUUAUCAGGAGAAUCAUCUCGCCACCACGGGCCAGAGGGAAAAGAUUCUAGCGGUGCUGAUAAUGAAAUACCAAAAGGUGUUACCUUCAAGGAGGAGGAAAUAGAAGACAAUGGUAGCUCUUUAGAACCUCAGGUCUUUGAUCUUAUGAAGCAUGUGCUGUCAAGUCCAAUGCAUCAAAUCCUUCUCAAAACAAGUCUGAGAAAGCAUUCGGUGGUAACUCAGUUUUGUCUUUGUCGGCAGAGCCGGGCAGGAAACAGGGUACAUUGCAGCCUCCAGGCUAAGGACUCUGGAUUAUUUGAUGACAUGGAGUUUGAUUUUGAUCAAGGCUUAAUAGAUGCGUAUUCAGACCUGAUUGCCGAAAUUAAUCCAGAUGACUUUCUUGAUUUAGAAGGUGAAUUUGCUAAGCAACCAGAAACAGAAGAUAGAACAGACCUUUCAAAUUCGAGGGGAGUUUUCUUUGCUGAGGAAUUGGAGGAGGGGGAGAUCCUAGAUUAAUUUAUUAUGGUCAAUCUUUCUGGGGAAGCAGCGAAACAAUGGUUGGAAGAAGAAUUUUCUAAGAGUUGUUGCUCACUACUGAUCAUAAUCUCCGCGGACAAUCUGCCCCAGCUUGCAUAUCUAUAGAGCAAACCCUGCAACUCUGUGUCAUACUGAAGUUGCUCAAUUACCUGGUAGUGCACAAGAUCAGGACAAAUACAUGGAUAUCUUGUAAAUGCAAUAGCUUAUAUGUAAUUUCAUUCCUGCUGAAAGGUAUCUGUUUGAGAGGGGGGAGGUGAAUGUGUUUUAUUAUUAUUUUUUUGCUUGAUAUUAAAGAGGCCUUGGAUUCAUGUUAUUCUUUUCGGUUAGUUGGGUGUACUCGCGAUUGUUGAGGAAGUUAAAUUGUAUAACAUGCUGGUUUUUGUCUACAAA